AAACACCACUAACCUCUGCUUCUGCUUUGAAGCUCAAACCAGAUCAAAAAUGGAGACAGGAGUAGCGUGCUUUGCACGUGGGACAAUCUUGCCAACUAUUGCUUCUCAACAUUCAACCUCAUUUGCAUCUCCAUGGUCUGUUUCUCCCUCAUUCACCACCAGGAGUUUAAAGUCAAGUUCGUUAUUCGGAGAGGCCUUGCGGGUAAUGCCAAGAUCAUCCUUCAAGGUUUCAAAGGCACAAAAUUCCUCCUUCGUAACCAAAUGUGAGAUCGGUGAAAGUUUGGAAGAAUUCCUAUCGAAAGCAACCCCGGACAAGGGUUUGAUCCGAUUGCUGACGUGCAUGAGUGAAGCGAUCAGGACCAUUGCAUUUAAAGUUCGAACUGCGUCUUGUGGUGGCACAGCGUGUGUCAACUCGUUUGGUGAUGAACAGCUCGCAGUCGACAUGCUUGCCGAUAAGCUUUUGUUUGAUGCAUUGACUCACUCGCAUUUCUGCAAAUAUGCGUGCUCUGAAGAAGUUCCCGAGCUUCAAGAUAUGGGCGGUCCAGUCGAAGGUGGAUUCAGUGUAGCUUUUGAUCCCCUUGACGGGUCCAGCAUUGUUGACACGAACUUCACCGUGGGCACCAUCUUUGGCGUGUGGCCGGGAGAUAAGCUAACCGGGGUGACCGGAGGAGACCAAGUGGCUGCAGCCAUGGGAAUCUAUGGGCCUCGAACCACUUAUGUUCUUGCCAUCAAGGGCUUCCCUGGAACCCAUGAGUUUCUUCUUCUUGAUGAAGGGAAAUGGCAACAUGUGAAAGAAACAACAGAGAUUUCCGAAGGGAAGAUGUUUUCCCCUGGAAAUCUGAGAGCCACUUUUGACAAUCCAGAAUAUGACAAGCUGAUCAACUACUACGUAAAAGAGAAGUACACAUUGCGAUACACCGGUGGAAUGGUGCCCGAUGUUAACCAGAUUAUUGUGAAAGAAAAGGGGGUUUUUACUAACGUGAUAUCACCAACAACAAAGGCCAAGUUGAGGCUUCUUUUCGAGGUGGCUCCAUUGGGACUAUUGAUCGAGAACGCUGGAGGUUAUAGCAGCGAUGGGACGAAGUCUGUGUUAGAUAAGGUCAUCGUGAAUCUCGAUGAUCGAACCCAAGUUGCUUAUGGAUCCAAAAAUGAGAUUAUCAGGUUCGAAGAGACAUUAUACGGGUCAUCCAGGCUCAAGUCCGGUGUGCCUGUCGGAGCUUCCGCUUAAAACCCGAUGAGCCAAUCCGCAUAUCGGCAAUCAUCUUUGUUUUGUAAACAUGUAUUGUUAAGAAUUCAAUGAAAAUUUUUCUUCAUAUAUAAAUCGAAUUUCUAAGUUUUAUAAAUAUUUGUAAGGAUUGUUUGUUUA